CAACACACAUUGUACGCAGCCCACUUUAGCAGAGCUUAUCACCGCCGGCCGCCCGCCGCUCCUCCGGCUGCUGCCGCUGGCGCACAGCCUCAGCUGGGACGCCAUCGCCUCUCGAUCGCUUACACACUUCUCACAAAGUCGCGGACGCCGCAAACUAGCUGCCCCGUUUUGUUCCGAGCGCUAGCUACCUCUGCAGCCGGUAGAUUCUGAAGGUCCUGUGAAGAAGAAACCACCCAUUGUGAAGGUCCUGUGAAGGUCUAGUCCGCCAUCAAAGCCAGCUCUUGAUCACGCGGGGCAUCCGCGGCCCUCUCCUCUCUUCGCCCCUGCAGGCCGCGGUGCCGUGCCAGCCAUGCGCAUCUUCGUGCUCUCCGGCCAGAGCAACAUGGCCGGCCGCGGCGGCGUGCACCACCGGCGCUGGGACGGCGUGGUGCCGCCGGAGGCCGCGCCGGACCCGUCCAUCCAGCGCCUCUCCGCGGCGCUGGACUGGGAGGAGGCCCGGGAGCCGCUCCACGCCGACAUCGACACCGCCAAGACCUGCGGCGUCGGGCCCGGGAUGGUCUUCGCCCGCACCGUGCUCCCGUGCCUGCAGGAGGACAAUCCCGGAAAGGGGGCCCGGACCGGCAUCGGCCUCGUGCCGUGCGCCGUCGGCGGGACGGCCAUCCGGGAGUGGGCUCGCGGGGAGUUCCUGUACGAGCAGAUGGUGUGCCGGGCGCGCGUCGCGGCCGGGUACGGCGAGAUCGAGGCCGUGCUGUGGUACCAGGGGGAGAGCGAUGCGGAGUCCGACGCCGCAACGGCGGCUUACAACGGGAACAUCGAGAGGCUCAUCACCAAUGUCAGGGCAGAUCUUGAGAUGCCGCAGUUGCCUUUUAUUCAGGUUGCUCUUGCAUCCGGUGAUAAAAGGAACAUUGACAAAGUGAGAAGUGCUCAAUUUAGUGUUAACCUGCCCAAUGUUGUAACUGUGGAUGCAAUGGGUCUGGCGUUGAAAGAAGACAACAUGCAUCUUACCACCGAGUCACAAGUAAAGCUUGGUAAAAUGCUUGCAGAAGCCUACAUUGAGAACUUCUUAACACCAACUUGUUAGGUGAAUACAAUUAGGCUGUUCCCAUCUUCUUUCCACAGUAAAUAUGUUUGACAAGGGCACUGCGUUACAAGAGGGUCAUGUGCUCGAGCACUUGAUCAAAGGCAUUGUGGCAUCUUAUAUUCGGGAAUUCACCCUAAGCCUCAAAUUCAUGUAUGAAGUCAGUCCUGUAUGAAGUGUAUAACAUUUCAAGUUAAGUUCAGAACGUUUCCCUCCCUAUGUAAUGAUAAUUGCUACCCGUUGAGUUUCAAGUGAAUGGGAAAGGCAAAAGCCGUUUUCAAGCAA